AUGUCGACGAACGCGCUGUUCGCCGUUCGGCGCGUACUCCAGCAUCCAUCCUACCUCACCCCGCUCCGGCCGCCAUUGUAUCCGCGAACGACAAGGGCGCUGCACGGAUCCGCCCUCCGUUGGGCUGUCGAGGCGAAGAAGACGCCGAGCGCUUACGCAACUGCCAGCCGGCACCCGUUCGCUGAGGGUCAUGGGGGAGGAGGCAGUCAGCCGAAAAAGGACGAGGAGGGCAAGGACGACGCAGCGAAAGAGAAGGGGGAACUCGCUGGCGACCCGAGCGAUCCCGGAAGCCGACCCAAGAUCGGACCAUUCUCGAAACCUGUUGUCGACGAUGCGGCGUUGGAAGCGCCAGCAACCGAAACGAAGAGUGCCGAGCGGCGCGACGGCCCGGAAGAGGUAAAGGAAGCAGAGGACCACCACGAGCAUCCGGAGCUACGAACACGAACCGGACCGCACUCCGCACCUGUCGAGGAGAAAGACGCCCCUGCUCCGGUACAGAAGGUCGAACCUCCUCCGCCGGCACCGCAGCCACCAGCACCUCCGAAGCCAGUCGUCAAGGGACCGGCCACGGGACCAAGCUCUUCUCCACCAGUCCCGCUCGAGGUGCCGCAGGAGCUCGCAAUUCCGCCCCUUCCUCCACCCUCCUACUUCGGCCCUGCGCAUCAGUUCGACACAUAUCGUUUUGUACAGAAGCUAGAAGGGGCGCAGGUGCGCAAUGCGCCCGCGCGGGUGCUCAUGGAGGGCGUGAGGGGCAUGCUUGUCGGAAGGUCAAGGAAGGCGCAAGAGAGCAUGCUGUCGCAGCAGGAGUUGGACAAUCAAGCGUACCGUUUUAAGGCAGCGCUGUCUGCCCUCCGCACCGAGAUCAGCAUCAAGGCGCGAAACGACGGCCUCAGCAUGCGCGCAGCGAGUACUGCGAUGCAGCGUGAGGUCGAGGGCCUGGACAGGAAGAUGACCGAGGACCUGCAGGGUUUGCGACACGACAGUAUCGAGAUGGAGCUGAACACGCGGAAGGACGACACGCGCGCCCUCAUGAAGCGGUUCGACAUUGCGACCGAGGAGAUCAACAACAAGUUCACCAUUUCGCUCGGCGAGCUGCGCACCGAGAUCGAGAGCGCCAAGUGGGAAGCAACCCGGCGCGCCAUUGCCAUCAUCAUCACGCUCGUCAUUUGCGGCGUUGCGAUAAGCACAUUCACAUCGACGCUGGCGCCGGCACAGGGACCCCCGCCGCUGCCCCAGGUCGGCACACCGAACACGUCUCUUCCCUCCGGCCCCUCCGGCUCUUCUUCCACUAGCACCUCCACCUCUACUCCCACUUCCACCACAAGCGGGACGGGCACGAGCACGGGAACUGGAAGUAAGGGCAGCGCCGCAGUGAAGAAGGUGGUGUACAGGGAUGUCGCCGUGGGCCCCGACGUCACGGCCGAGGGGGAGCAUUUUGACGCCGACGACGAGGACAAUCUCGACCUGCUCCACGACGACAUUGACGCGCUCCUCCAGCAGCAGACGACGACGACGCGGCGGCCGAGGGCCGAGAAGGCAGCACGGGUCGCGGAGGAGAAGAAGCGGGUCGAGUUUCCUGAACGCAUCUGA